AUGAAGAUGAGACGUCACAAGCUCUUUUUGACUCUGUGCAUGGCUGGUCUCUGCCUCAUCUCCUUCCUUCAUUUCUUGAAGGCCCUCUCCUAUGUCACAUUCCCCAGAGAGCUGGCAUCGCUUAGCCCUAACUUGGUGUCUAACUUAUUUUGGAACAAUGUACCAGUCACACCUCAGGCUAGUCCUGACUCUGGGGGUCCAGAAAUUCUCCGUACCCCACUAUAUUCCCAUUCGCCACUGCUUCAGCCUCUUUCCCCAAGCAGAGCUGGUGAGGAGCUGCACAAAGCUGAGUUUGUGCUGCCUGAAGACACUACAGAAUACUUUGUACACACUAAAGCUGGUGGUGUCUGCUUCAAGCCAGGGACUAAGAUAUUGGAAAAGCCACUAGCAGGACGUCCAGAGGAGAAGAUAGAGGGAGUUAUAUCAGGGCGCAUAGGCCGUAAACUGAGUGCCACUGGGACAAAACGACGUAAAUGGGUGGAGUGUGUGUGCCUGACAGGCUGGCAUGGACCCAGCUGUGGUGUUCCCACCGUGGUUCAGUAUUCAAAUCUCCCCACAAAAGACCGUCUGACACCACGGGAGGUGCCCAGGAGAGUCAUUAAUGCCAUCAAUGUGAAUCAUGAAUUUGACCUCUUGGAUGUGCGUUUUCAUGAGCUAGGUGAUGUGGUGGAUGCUUUUGUGGUUUGCGAAUCAAACUUCACAGCAUAUGGUGAACCACGCCCUCUCAAGUUCCGUGAGAUGCUACUUAAUGGCUCCUUUGAUUACAUCCGCCACAAGGUGCUCUAUGUCUUCCUGGAUCACUUCCCCCCUGGUGGGCGCCAGGAUGGCUGGAUUGCUGAUGAUUACCUGCGUACUUUCCUAACUCGAGAUGGCAUCUCUCGCCUCCGCAAUUUGCGUCCUGAUGAUGUUUUCAUAAUUGAUGAUGCAGAUGAAAUCCCAGCACGUGAUGGUGUGCUUUUCCUUAAACUCUAUGACGGUUGGACAGAACCUUUUGCCUUCCACAUGCGCAAGUCUCUCUAUGGAUUUUUCUGGAAGCAGCCUGGUACUCUAGAAGUGGUUUCUGGUUGUACAGUUGGAAUGCUCCAGGCUGUUUAUGCCAGUGAUGGAAUUCGCCUUCGCCGGAGAGAAUAUUAUACCAUGCCAGGCUUUCGACAGUAUGAAAACAGCACAGGUCAUAUCCUAGUACAGUGGUCACUGGGCAGUCCACUCCACUUUGCUGGCUGGCAUUGCUCUUGGUGUUUUACACCUGAAGGAAUUUAUUUUAAACUGGUUUCAGCUCAGAAUGGGGACUUUCCCCGUUGGGGUGACUAUGAGGACAAGCGAGACCUUAAUUAUAUUCGGGAGUUAAUUCGGACUGGUGGGUGGUUUGAUGGUACCAUCCAGGAGUAUCCACCUGCAGACCCCAAAGAACAAAUGUAUGCCCCCAAAUACCUUUUGAAGAAUUAUCAACGGUUUGGUUACUUGUUGGAAAAUCCCUAUCAGAAGGCAAAGGGAACAGGGUGAGGGGAGUGGGCUUGCAUGAGAAAACAUGGAAAAA